AUGAGACCGUUACCGGACGGGUCGUCAUAUGAAUAUGUUGGCGUAUAUGUUGAUGAUCUGGCCAUGGUAAUGAAAGACCCGAAAGCUUUUGUGGAUAAACUGAUUAAUGUCUACAAAUUCAAGCUUAAAGGUACCGGACCACUCACUUUCCACCUGAGAUGUGAUUUUGGAAGGGAUGAACAUGGCGUUCUUUACAUGAGCCCCAAGAAGUACAUCGAGCGCAUGGUAGACAACUACGAGCGCAUUUAUGGAGAAAAACCAAAGACAAAUGUGACCUCACCUUUGGAGAACAUCUGCCCAUCGAUCCAGGCGGCUGCGUCCGUGUGGGCUGGAGGAAUUAGCGCUACCGGUGGAGCAAUCAACCCGGACAAGUCCUUUUGGUGGUUGAUCAACUUCGCGUGGGAUGGCAGGAAGGAACAAUGGACAUUCAGGAAGAAGAAUCAGUUGUUGCCGGACCACCGGCUUCAAAUUCCGGGCUUGUCCGGCAAAUUGGAAACUCUCAGUCGCCUUGAGCCGGGGGAGGCAGAGAAGACAUUGGGAGUAAUGCUUGCGCCACUCGAGGACCAGAAGGCGCAUGUUUCACAUCUGAAGGGUAUUGCCAAACGGUGGGCUGAACAAGUUCGAUCUGGUCACCUUCACAAAUACGAUGUGAUUCCUUUGAUCAGGUCCACGGUUCUGAAGUCACUGGAAUAUCCAAUGACGCUAUUGACACUGGAGGCCGCAACAUGGGUGGAUAUUAUGAGCCCGGUUCUACAGGUCUGCCUGCCGAAAGCCGGCAUCUGCAGAAGUUUUCCACGUGAUAUGGUGUUGGCUCCAUUGAAGUUCCAAGGCCUGGGCAUCCCACAUCCGUUCGGCUCACAGGUUUCCAAGCAUAUCGAGACUCUCCUCCGUCAUUCAAACAACAGGACAAAAACCGGAGCUUACCUGGAAGCCGCGUUGCAAGAACACCAGCUUGAAACGGGCACUUCGUUUGGGAUCUUUCAGCAGGAUUAUGGCAACACGGCCGUCUUGGCUAUCGAUACAUGGAUAAAUCGAGUCUGGACAGAACUGGAGAACAUGGACAUCUAUGUGGCCUUUGAUUCUCCGGCCUUACCACUACGCUGCGUUGGUGACGCUCUGCUGGUGGAAGUGUUUAUGGAUUUGGAGUGGACCAAGACAAUCUGA